GAAAGAGAGAGAGACACAGACAGAGAAAGAGAGGAAGAGGACAGACAGAGACACAGACACAGACAUAAAGACACGGAUAGAGAGAGAGAGAGAGAGAGAGAGAAGACAGGGCAGGGACACACCGCUGCCUGCUUUUCACACCCUACACAUCAGUCGCUUUCCACCGCAGCUUCCUCUUCACAACAAUCCUCCUCAGGUCUUUAUCUCCUGCCUCCUCUUCCUCUCCCGUGCUGCGGGCGCAUGCUCACACUCAGAGACGGUGCAGUUUUCCGGAGCUCAGAGACACUGACAGUUUUUAAAGAUGACCACCUCAUGGAGUGACAGACUGCAGAAUUAUGCAGACUUGCCUGCCAACAUGGACAGGCUGUCAAUGAAGAAGUACAGGAGAGAGCCCUACCACAGAGUGUUUGUCAACAGAAGUUUGGCCAUGGAGAAGAUUAAGUGCUUUGGCUUUGACAUGGAUUAUACUUUAGCAGUGUACAAGUCACCAGAGUACGAGUCACUGGGCUUCGAGCUCACAGUGGAGCGCCUGGUCUCCAUCGGUUACCCCCAGGAGCUGCUCAGCUUCGUGUACGACCCAUCCUUUCCCACCAGGGGCCUUGUGUUUGAUACCAUGUAUGGGAACCUGUUGAAGGUAGAUGCCUAUGGUAAUAUCCUGGUUUGUGUCCACGGAUUCAACUUCCUCCGAGGCCCAGAGAUACGUGAACGGUACCCAAACAAGUUCAUCCAGAGAGAUGAUACAGAGCGCUUUUAUAUCCUUAACACACUCUUCAACCUGCCAGAGACCUACCUCUUUGCCUGCCUCGUGGACUUUUUCUCCAACUGUGACAGAUACACAAGCUGUGAAACUGGCUUCAAAGAUGGCGACCUCUUCAUGUCCUACAAGAGCAUGUUCCAGGACGUCCGCGAUGCAGUUGACUGGGUCCACUUCAAGGGUACGCUGAAAGAGAAGACGGUUGAGAACUUGGAGAAGUAUGUAGUGAGGGAUGGGAAGCUGCCUCUCCUCCUCAGCAGAAUGAAUGAAGUAGCCAAGGUUUUCUUGGCUACCAACAGUGACUACAAAUACACUGAAAAAAUCAUGACCUACCUUUUUGACUUUCCUCAUGGCCCCAAGCCUGGUACCUCCCACCGACCGUGGAAGUCGUACUUUGAUCUGAUCCUGGUGGACGCCAGGAAGCCGCUGUUCUUUGGCGAGGGGACCGUGCUCAGACAAGUCGACACGACAUCAGGGCGUCUGAAGAUAGGAACCUACACAGGACCUCUGCAGCAUGGGAUAGUCUAUUCUGGAGGUUCGUCAGACAUCGUGUGCGACCUCCUUGGAGCCAAGGGGAAGGACAUUGUGUACAUCGGGGACCACAUCUUCGGAGACAUCCUCAAGUCCAAGAAACGUCAAGGCUGGAGGACGUUCCUGGUCAUACCUGAACUGGCCCAGGAACUGCACGUGUGGACCGACAAGAGCUCAUUAUUUGAAGAACUGCAGGGCCUGGACAUUUUCUUGGCUGAACUCUACAAACAUCUGGACAGCAGCAGCAACGAGAGGCCAGACAUCAGCGCUCUUCAGGGAAGAGUCAAGAAAGUGACACACGACAUGGACAUGUGCUACGGCAUGAUGGGUAGCCUUUUCCGCAGUGGCUCCAGACAGACCCUCUUUGCCUCCCAAGUGAUGCGAUACGCCGACCUGUACGCCGCCUCCUUCAUCAAUCUGCUGUACUACCCCUUCAGCUACCUCUUCCGGGCCGCACAUGUACUGAUGCCCCAUGAGUCGACCGUCGAACACACCCACGUGGACAUCGACAUGGAGUCGCCACUGGCCACGCGCAACCGCACCCACUGCAACGACUGCAAGGACAUGGAGUGCAAACGCAACCAGCUGACCCGCUCCUUCAGCGAGAUCAAACCUCCCAACCUUUUCCCCCAGACCCCCCAAGAGAUCACUCACUGCCAUGAUGAAGAUGAUGACGAGGAGGAGGAGGAGGAGGAGGAGGAGGAGGAAGAAGAAGAAGAGGAGGAGGAGGAGGAGUAAUAAGGUGGAUAUGGAGAGGAGAGCCACUCUCCUACUCUUGCCUUCUUAUGUUUCCAAGUAGAGUCAGUUGAUCUCUCUCAGAGUGAGGCAGAGAGGAAAUAUCUCCAGUAUGUGUGUGUGUGUACUGUAUCAGAACUGUAUGCACACACACACACACACACACACACACACACACACACACAC